AUGAAGCUAUCAAUAAACGUACACGUUGCCCGUGAUACUCUCAUCGACUUUUCUAAAUUCUCUAAGUGGCGGAAGCUCGUUCGGACCAUUGCCUGGGUGCUGCGGUUUCCGAGAAAUAUUAGAGCUAAACAUCAGCACAGCCAACCUACCAUCGGUAUCCUCCAGCAGAUGGAGCUCUUCGAAGCAGAGAACUUUAUUUAUCGACAAGCGCAGUUGGAGGAAUUCAGCGAAGAAAUGUCGUUACUGCACUCUGGAGCAUCAAUUCCAAAAGAUAGCUCGAUUUACAAACUGUCGCCCUUCCUGGAUGAGAACGGUGUACUGCGUAUGAGUGGAAGAACAAUUGGUUGCGAAUUCAUUGAACCAACUAAUGCUCAUACGAUCCUGCUGCCAAGGAAGCAUCCGGUUACUACUUGCGUCGUUAAAUCGGUUCACGAACAGUACCAUCAUCUCAACCACGAAACCGUAGUUAACGAGUUACGACAAAAAUAUCGCAUCCCGAGGCUUCGUAGUGUUUGCUACAAAAUCCGGCAAGACUGUCAGGCUUGCAAGAAUGCUAGAGCUAGUCCGCAACCGCCCCUAAUGGCAGAUCUUCCGCCAGCAGGGCUCGCUGGAUACACCAGACCCUUUGCCUAUGUCGGGAUCGACUACUUCGGCCCGAUCCAAGUAGUUGUUGGUAGACGCACAGAGAAGAGAUGGGGAGUACUCUUUACCUGCUUGGUGGUGCGCGCCAUUCACAUCGAAAUCGUACAUUCGCUCAACACAAGCUCGUGUAUUUUGGCCCUGCAAAAUUUCAUAGCCAGGAGAGGAACUCCGAUAGAAGUAUUCAGCGAUCGUGGAACGAAUUUCGUUGGAGCGGAACGUGAGCUGCGUGAUGCAUUGCGUUCCAUAGACCACAGUAAACUCAUGGAAGAGAUUGUGACACCAGACACUAAAUGGACUUUCUUGCCUCCAAGCAGUCCCCACAUGGGUGGAAGCUGGGAGAGAUUGGUCAAAUCGGUAAAGAAGAUAUUGUACCAGAUAAAACUUCCCAGGCUACCCACCGACGAAGUACUCAGGAACAAAUUGCUAGAGAUUGAGAAGACCAUCAACUCACGCCCCCUCACGUACAUACCUGUCGAAGAUGGCGAGAAAGAAGCACUAACGCCCAAUCAUUUUUUGUUGGGAUCAUCCAGCGGUUCCAAACCUCUUGUGCCGUACAACGACAGCCUCGCUACGCUAACCAAUAGCUGGAGAACUUCGCAGAUCUACGCCAACCUCUUUUGGAAAAGAUGGCUGCAGGAGUACUUGCCAUCGAUAAGUCGGCGCACAAAGUGGCAUUACCCGGUAAAGCCAGUCCAGAUUGGCGACGUAGUGAUAAUCACAGAUCCGGAUCUACCAAGGAACUCAUGGCCCAAGGGACGAGUUGUAGAUGUCAAACGCGGUAAAGACGGUCAAGUACGUAGCGCUACAGUGAAAACUGCAGUCAAUGUGUACGAACGACCUGCGGUAAAGCUGGCAGUUUUGGACGUCGGCGCAACACUUAGUAAGCAGGACCCAGGACCCUGCGUACUGGGGGGGAAUGUUACGCAAUAUGCGAAACGCGCCUCCGAUGUACAGAAACUAUCCUCGGGAAUCGGCACUAUCGGCAACACUGGUAAGGUUGACUAG